GGUUUUGAGGAUACACGGAAACGUCAAAUUACAAAGGAUAUUCAAAACUUUCAAUCUUCUUUUCUAUCAAAAAAACUAUUGGGCCGAACGGAACUCAAAGAAACGGUCACCUGUCAUGGGCCGCGCGACACAAAGGAGCGCCAGCUGAGUCGACGCAAUGAAGAAGGUGGUGCUGUUUAAGGGCGUGUCGGAGGAGUACGAGCGCGCCUUCCGCGAGCACAACUACGAGGCGAUCUUCGUAGAGCCCCUGCAGUUCACGUGCGUGAACCUGGAGGCGCUGGGCACGGCGCUGCGCGGCGAGUAUGCGGGGCUGGUGCUAACGAGCGCGCGCGCGGCCGAGGCGGCGGCGCGCUGCUGGGACCCCGCGCGCUUCGUGACCUGGAGCGCGCGCCGCGUCUACACGGUCGGCGACGCCACCGCGCACAAGAUCAAGCUCCUGCUCGGCCUCGAGGCCCUAGGCACCACUGCCGGCAAUGCUGAGAACCUCGCUAAGAUCAUUGUGAAAGAAAAUCCCACCUCUAGCAAAUUCCUGUUCCCCUGCGGAAAUUUACGAUCUGAAACCCUCCCGACCAUCCUUCAAUCUAAAGGUAUUUUGGUAGACUCACUAACUGUUUAUGAGACUAAGGAGAAUGACAAUUUAAAAGCUCAUUUGAUGGAGCUGGAUGGGUCCGCACAUGACCCGUGCUGUAUGGUGUUCUUCAGCCCUUCGGGCUGUGAGUACAUCCACCGGCAGCUGCAGACGUUCAGCAACCGGCUGACGGACCUGCCAUAUUUUGCCAUUGGGAACUCCACUGCACAUAAGAUUGAGAAUUUGGGUGUAGAGAUUGCGGGAGUGGCCGAGAAACCCCGCGCUGAGAGUGUGAUAGAGUCGGUACAGAAGUAUUUUGCUGCAAGUACUAGUCGUUAGUGGCACUAUUAGUGAACAAACAAGUAGUGACCAUUCACCCUUUAACACGUUGGCUGCCCACCAUACUACACCUACAGUAUUGCUCCACACUUGGAAAUUGAAGUGAGCUUUUGAUCCCACCAGUGAUGCUCUUGGCCACACAGAGAAGAU